CAACAACAACAACAACAGUUUGACAUCAACCUUUGCUCUCGACCAUCAAUGCCAUUCAACUAUGCCGAGCAGAGGUAAGGCAAACCGCUUUGUCGAUGACGAAGCCGGGCGAUCAAGCGAAAAGAGAGGUCGUGGUCGUCCCAAAAAGAGGCAAUAUUCAAACAGCUAUGAUGAGGAGCUGGAAGAUGUAAGUGAUCUUGGAAAUGAAGAUACAGAAGAGGAAUCCGACCAAUCUGAACAAUCUGGAGAAGAGGAGGAAUCAGGAGAUUCUGGAGAAGAAAAUGAGGAUGAUGAGGAAAGUGAACUGGAUGACGAUAUGCCUUCAACAUCUCGUAAAAGCAGAUCACGUCGUCAUAAUGAUGAUCAAUCUGAAGAAGAGAGUGAUAUUCAGACACCAAAACGAGGAUCUAGGCGAACAAAGCUACGUGAAAUGGCAGAUUCCGCUUCAGAUGAUGAUGAAGACGAAAGCAAUUCACGUCGCUCAGUCAGUCUCGAUCAAAGCAGCACUUCCAGACAAGAGCCCAGCCGCAAAAAAGUAUAUCCGAGGCGAGUAAGACGCACCAAACCUAAAGAUCGAGAAUUUUCAAAAUUAAAGUUUCGUAAUUCUAACCUCUUGAGCAAAUGGAGACCAUUGGCAAAGGAAGAGAGAAUCUUGGUAACGCAAAGAGGCGGAAUGAUUUGGCAAGUGGCCAAGCCUUUAUUAGCACGUAUGCCGGAGUACAAGAGAGGACCAUCAGCGAAAUUGCUGAAAACGCUUUUGAGUUCGGUCGAUGCUCAAUUAUCAAAGACACCCGUUCCACCCACUGCAAGGAUGCCAAAAGUCGCAGCCGAUAAUGCAGGAAACGUUGACUCUGCUCUCUCUCAAGCACGUCCGAUGACAAGCAGUUUGAUGAGCUGGGUGGCUGAAACAGGCGGAAAGAUUCAAAGGUCUGAUCGAGAAGGUACAGAGGAUGAUCCCGAGAAAACAAUGGUGGAUGAGACAUUAAAAGGAUUUGAAGCAGAUAUUGCGAUCCUAGAAUCAUUGCUGGUACCGGAAGCAAAAGAAGUUGUUCAAUUGAUGUCCUCGCUUACAGAACAGAAGAAAAAAUUCGCAGAGACACGCACAUUCUUUGAUGAAAUAAAGAAAGAUGCUGGCAAAAUUGAUAGCGAGGCUGAAGCUGGAAGUCGAGGGGUCUAUGAAGCGGUACGCAAAAGUCUAAGAAAGGUGGGCAGAUUGAAUCAUCAAUUGCCGUUGGAAAGGGCAGAAGACUUUGUCUUGCGCGAAUCAUCGCGGGAAAUGUUGCGUUAAGUCAUGCUAUCAAACAAGUACUUAUACCCGAAUAUCAUCUAAGCACAUUCAUCAUUGUACAAUAAUUGCAUAUAACAACCUAUUCAGCCCUAUGAGAGUUUUAGUGUACAUUGCGGUCUGUUUCAGGAAGCAACAAAUUUCAUCGCAACCAGACUGGUAACGAUUGAAUCGAUUCGCUUUCUAAUAGUCUGUUCGACGUCUACUUGAUCGAUUGUGCUGUCAUCAAUAUCGUUGUGGGAUACGGUCAUAUCGCCCAA